AUGCGACGGUCAAGAGGCUCUGAUGAGGAUGAGGAAGAGGAGGACAUCCCACUUCAUCACAAGAAGCCAUUCGGCUCAGGACUGAAGCGCAAGAAGAUCGAGUUCGUGCGUGCCACGGACCCCGACGAGACGGCAGUUGCGGCCUCCGCCUCGAGAGCCAAGGCUUCGGCUAUUGGGGAUCUCUACGCUAGUAUCGUGCUCAGCCAGUCCUCCGCCAGCUCUAGCACGCCGACGCCGACUCCGGAGGUGGCGGGAGAAGAAGCAGCGGGAGGCACGACACCCCAGGAGACGUCAGAUCAGACCAUCUGCCCCGUGUGCCUGCUGCCAAUCACCACGUCGAUCAGCAAGCACAACGCUUCGCUUGCUCACCAGGUCAGCCUUGAGCACUCCCACCCGCCGUCGGCGCUCGACAGAUCUCGCAUGGGCCUCAAGGCCCUCGAGGCGCAAGGGUGGAAUCCAGAUGCGCGCCAAGGACUGGGCAGGGAGGGAGAAGGAAUGCGGUUCCCCAUCAAGGUGUCGGCCAAGGAGGACAAUCUCGGGAUUGGAGCUACGAUCCCGGAGAUGAAAGAGGGUGAGGUCAAGGUCGUCAAGGAGAAGCCGAUGAGCGUUAAAGAGCUCAAGGCUGCCCAAGCAAAGGAAAAGACGAAGACGGAGAAGCUCCAGCGAGAAAUCUUUGGGAGCGUUGACGUGGACAAAUAUCUCACGAGGGGCGCGGAGUGGGAAUGA